CGGUCAUAAUGGCAACGAAUCGGUUUUUGUUCCUGGCAGUAGCCAUCGUCGCGCUUAUCGGUGGCACACAAAGUGCAAACAUUCUGGGACUCUUCCCGAGCCUCAGUACCUCGCAUUUGAUCAUUCAAAUGUCCGCGGCUAAGGUGCUGGCGGAGAGGGGACACAAUGUGACGGUGGUCACGGUCCUGAAGCCAGUGGUUACCCACAAGAGCAUUAACGAGAUCAUAGUGCCCCUCACUAAGGAAGAGGCGCAGCAAAUGAGCGACACCAUCAAGGAGAUGUCCAGGAGCGACAACAGCAACAUGGUGCUGUCCAUGUUACGUAUGUCGGGACAGAUGGACUUCAUGUUCAAGAAGAUGGCGGAGGCUCUAAAGGACGACCGAGUGCGGGAUCUGUACCUUAAUAAGGGCAAUAAGUUCGACUUGGUUCUGUCGGGCUACUUCAUGAACGACUUUCAACUUGGAUUCGCCAGGAAGGUGAAUGCGCCCGUCAUCAUUGUGGCCACAAUGCCCCCGAAUCAGAUGUUGAAUCCAUUUAUCGGUAAUCCCCUGGAGCUCUCUUAUGUGCCUUCUAUGGAUGAUUCUGUAGAGAAAGGAAAGGGUAUGUCCUUCCGUCAGCGUAUGAGCACUCUUGUCGCCAGUCUAUCCUUCAGAGUACUUACGCACAUUUUUGAUAGAAAUAAUAGAAAUUUGUACAAGGAGCUCUUUGCCGAUGACCCCAACAUGCCCGAACUCUCGGAAAUGGUUAAAAAUACAUCAAUGGUGUUCUUCGCCUCCCACGCGCUCAGUGAGGGGCCGAUCCGACCUAACGUCCCGGCAGCCAUUGAGAUUGGAGGCAUCCAGGUUAAGGACAAGCCAGAUCCCCUUCCGCAAAAUAUGGCUGACUUCCUCGGCAACGCCACGGACGGAGCCAUUCUCCUAAGUCUGGGCUCCAAUGUAAAGGGCAGUCACAUCAGACCUGACACGGUGACCAAGAUGUUCAACGUCCUCUCGAAACUGAAGCAAAGGGUCAUUUGGAAAUGGGAAGACCUGGAGAAGACACCGGGGCAGUCUGACAACAUCCUUUACUCCAAGUGGCUGCCGCAGGACGACAUCCUCGCCCACCCGAAGAUCAAACUGUUCAUCAAUCAUGCCGGAAAGGGAGGCAUUACAGAGGCCCAGUACCACGGCAAGCCGAUGCUCUCCUUGCCCGUGUUUGGUGACCAGCCCGGAAAUGCGGAGGGCAUGGUCAAGAAGGGCUUUGGACUCACUCAGAGUCUCCUCACACUGGAGGAGCAGCCUUUCCAAGAGGCCAUCCAGGAGAUUUUGACGAAUCCGAAGUACGCACAGAAGGUGGCCACCUUCUCUUCCCUCUAUCGCGAUCGUCCCAUGUCCUCAAGGGAGUUGGUCGUCUACUGGUCGGAGUACGUCAUUCGGCAUCAUGGAGCUGCCCACCUGCAGAGUCCCCUGGUUCACAUGAACUUCAUAGCCGCCAACAACUUGGAUUUAUAUGCCUUGAUCGCUGUUAUACUUGUUAUCGUCCUACUACUUUUCAAAGCGGUAGUUAAAUAUCUUUACAAAAGGUUUGUGUCAAAGUCCAAGAAGGCCAGUAAGCAGAAGCAGCACUAGAAGUCGUAUAGUAUUUAGUAAAACAACUAUGUCAUGUAUGGCAAAUACUCGUUAAUUAAAUAAGGAAAAUAAAAUAAAUUGUAUUUAUUUAUA